GGCUGUGAGAAAAGACUGGAGAAUAUUUUUGUUUUUUUUUUGCUUGUGUACAGGUUAUAUUUAAUGCAAGUCAUAAUGUCUAUAGAAUAAUGUUUUAUUGGUUGUCGUCCUUGACUUCUUAGUUUAACACGACAUUUCGUCAAUAAAUUCUAGUGGUACGGAAUUAAAUUCUUCACAGGGUUGUGUCUUGCAUAUAUUGAUUCUUCUUUGAGUCAUAGGUGUUUAUACGCUCAAUUUGCAUUAAUAGAUAAACGAAAUGGUGCUGAGAAAUUUAUAUUGAUUCUUCAUUAACCUUCCAUCAGGUUCGUGUGCAACUGAGAAGCUCAAUUCUAGGUCAUUACCAUGUUACAUUUAGGCACUUCAGGUGGUAUGAAGAAAGUUCUUAAAUGGAGGCAUCACUCAGGAUAUGUUUACAGUCUUGUAAAAGAAUCCUCGUCGUGUACAUCUAUCCGUGCAUUUAUGCAAAGAUUUAUAGUUAAAAGCCAGUUGAGUGAUAAGGAAAAAUAGUGCAUGAAAAGUGGUGAAGGAUGCAGAACAAUUUUGUACCACCACGUUCAGUGUUUCUGGAUGAGAAACCAACAUUGGAUAUUGUGACGACACGAAAGAGUAUUACAGAAUUGCAGGGUUUUCGAGGCACUGGCACAAUGAGUAAUGGAAUGCCACCCCCUGCUGCAUUGGCGGAUGGCUUAAUUCCAUUUCCACAAGAUAUUAUUUAUGACAAUGCAAGACCCAUUAAUAUAAUCCUGAAAUUAAUGGGUGCUCUUCCGAUCACGAAGCCACGCCCUGGUGAAAAUGAAUAUCGUGUCUUAUCCCUUACAAUGUUCUAUUCUGUUACGCUCUUGGUGGCACUUUUGACUUAUGUGGUCUUUGUGGUGAUCAAACGAAUAGCAAUAGUUCGCAAUCUUGAGGGACGUUUUGAGGAAGCUGUAAUCGCAUAUUUGUUCAUCGUUAACUUGUUACCGGUAAUAAUAGUACCAAUGAUGUGGUACGAGGCUACGAAGGUCGUUGUCGUUUGGAAUCACUGGAGCGAUUUUGAGUUGCUGUACUUUAAAGUGUCCAAACGACCUCUUGCCAUAAAUUUGAAGACAAAAGCUCUUGUUAUUGCAAUACUCCUUCCAUUACUUGCAUCACUAUCGGUUGUCGUGACGCACGUGACAAUGGUACAUUUUCGUAUAUCACAAGUAAUACCCUACUGCUUCCUGGACACUCUGACAUACAUGAUGGGAGCUUAUUGGUAUCUCUCUUGUGAGACACUCAGUGCAGCAGCAAAUGUUCUAGCUGAAGAUUUCCAGAGGGCAUUGCGUCACAUUGGUCCUGCAGCAAUGGUAGCAGACUAUCGUGCUCUGUGGCUACGACUGAGUAAAUUGGCACGGGAUACGGGAACAGCCACUUGUUACACAUUCACCUUCAUCAACCUAUACCUCUUCCUUAUCAUCACCCUCUCAAUAUACGGGCUAAUGUCGCAACUGUCUGAGGGUUUUGGAAUCAAGGAUAUUGGUUUGGCUGUUACGGCAUUCUCCAGCAUUGGAUUACUCUUUUUUAUCUGCGAUGAGGCCCAUUAUGCUUCACACAAUGUGCGCACCAACUUUCAGAAGAAGCUCCUUAUGGUGGAGCUCAAUUGGAUGAAUAUUGACGCACAGACAGAGAUAAACAUGUUCCUGAGAGCAACAGAAAUGAAUCCCGCCAAUAUCAAUUUAGGUGGCUUCUUCGAUGUCAACAGGAAUCUGUUCAAGUCCCUCCUUACAACAAUGGUCACGUACUUGGUUGUUCUACUUCAGUUUCAAAUUAGCAUUCCAGAUGACACCGCAGCCCAAUCCACCACUGAGAUUAUGCCAACUGAAAGUUCUAAUUAGAAAUUUUACAUUUAUGUUUCAACAAUCAUCAAAUAAAUUAACUCUCUGUCCAAA